AUGUGGUCUGUAAGGAGUAGAAAUCUGCUUAUAACUGUAUCAAGACGUGCAUAUUCGCAAACUGCGGCGACUGGGCCCAGUUCCUACAAAAAACCAUCCAGGUUUGAUAAAUCUAUACUAAAACCUGCAUUGGUACUGUUGAUUUUUGGCUCGAUAUUGACAAAUGUCAGUGAUGCUAAGAAGGAGUUGGUCGAGUUGGAUAGGAGGUAUUCGUUGAAGAAUGAUAUAUUGAGAUCCUUGAUUUAUAGGGCUUCCCAAGGUGAUACGGAUUUUGAAUUGGAUAAAGAAAUGGUAUUAGUCAAUAAACUCUUCCAAAGACAUGAGCUUCAAUCAAAUGGCAAAGGUAUGAAAGACAAAUUGAGACUCUCCACAAACGCAUACUCGACUUCUGAUCCAAACAGAAAGAACAUGAGAAGUGCCAGUGGAGCAGGGAAAGCACAACGUGAUGAUCAAGAUUUGAAUUCACUGUGGAACGAACUAUUAGAAGACAUGAAUAAAGAUAUAGACGUUAAACAAGCUUUGUCGACAAGUGUUGAAGGGUCUAGUAAGCAUGAAGAUAUAUUGACGGAUAAAGAGAUGUUACAGGAAGAAAUGAAGAAAGAGAAACAUAGAGGAAAUAACUACGAGGCGAAAACAGAUGUUCACGUUAUCGUCGAAAAUCCUGGGAACCUUUCAGAUGCUGUUAAGGAUAAUAAAGUGUCCAGAUUUCUUUAG